AUGUCUAGUCUCCGAACCUGCUCUGAACCUGGCUGCAACGAAACAUUUACCAAGUUCGUCGACUUCAAGAGACACGAGGCCGCACAUUCAGUAAAGGGGUACAUCUGCACCUGGCCCGGGUGUGACUUUGCGACAAUGAUUGCAUCUAGCUAUGAAAUCCAUUAUGCUAAACAUACGGGCGAGAAACGCUACGUCUGUCCCAACGAUGGUUGUGACUACAAGACUCACGACCCUGCUCUCUUCACGCGCCACCGCCAGAAAAAACAUGGGUACGUCCCUCAGGCGCGCGGUCGUGGUGCCCCCUCCGCAAAAGGGUCCAGCGGGACCAAGUCAUCGUCCCAGCCCCCGGCACAGCCUCCCCCUGCGCAGCCCGUGCAGCCACAACCCAUACCACCCCGACACACGCCAUUCUACCCCACCCCAUACAAACCCCAACCCACUCAAUACCAGCCUCCCCCACCUGUCUACAACCCGUCGUUGGGAGUCUUCUACGACUCAGGAGAUACCGCGGACGACUAUACCAUGUAUACCAGUCCCGCCAGGGCUCCCAAUGGGUGGACUGAGGGAUAUACACUCUUUUAUCCAUGUAACAAGAAUAAGGCCUUACUGCAUGCAGCACACCGCGCCAUUUUCACCUGGCCAGAAGCAAACCUUGGCACGUCAAGUCUGCGACUCUGCGCUUCUUCUGCGGUCGACCUCUAGUCACUCGUUUCGAUUCCUAUCAACUUUUUAUCGCUCCAUGCCCAUAGUACCUAGGGUGCAAGAAGGAGUUACUAGUCCCCAGUGUUGUUAUUAACCCGGGUUAUAACUGAAUAGGUUAUAACUGUUAAUUACUUCAAAGUGCUAGCUACUCUGAGUCGUCAAUAACGAUUGAACUCGAUGGACUAUUUCCCAUGCCUGAUGACUCCCCUGGGACAUUCCUAC